GAGAGAAGAUGUCGGGUCAGACGCUCACGGACCGCAUCGCCGCGGCGCAGUACACCCUGACGGGAUCCGAGGUGGCCCGGGCGGUGUGUAAAGCCAGCACGCAUGAACAGACGGCUCCCAAGAAAAAGCACCUGGAAUACCUGCUCCAGGCCACCCAGGAGGACACUGUGAACGUCCCCCUGAUGGCCGACACGCUGAUGGAGAGGGUCGGCAACGCCAGCUGGGUGGUGGUGUUCAAGGCCCUAAUCACCACACACCACCUCAUGGUGACUGGCAACGAGAGAUUCCUGCAGUUCCUGGCAUCGAGAAACACCUUGUUCAACCUCAGCAACUUCCUGGACAAAACUGGCUCCCACGGCUACGACAUGUCCACGUUCAUCAGGCGCUACAGCCGCUAUCUCAACGAGAAGGCCUUCGCCUACAGACAGAUGUCUUUCGACUUUGGCCGGGUCAAGAAAGGAGCCGACGGGGUGAUGAGGACCAUGUCAGUGGAGAAGCUGUUGAAAGGAAUGCCCACCCUGCAGAGCCAGAUCGACGCGCUGCUGGAUUUCGAAGUGCAUGCACCAGAACUGAACAAUAUGGUGAUAAACGCCUGCUUCCUCCUACUCUUCAAAGAUCUGAUAAAGUUAUAUGCCUGCUACAAUGACGGCAUCAUUAACCUGCUCGAAAAGUUCUUCCAGAUGAAGAGAAGCCAGUGUAAAGACGGGCUGGAGAUCUACAAAAGAUUCCUGACGCGAAUGACUCGGGUUUCAGAAUUCUUCAAAAUUGCUGAGCAAGUGGGAAUAGACAAAAAUGACAUACCUGAACUCACUCGGGCCCCAGAAAGCCUUCUGGAAUCCCUGGAGACCCACCUGAACACGCUGGAGGGGAAGAAGCCAGAGGAUAGGUCGCCCACUAAGGAUGCUCCGGUCAAUAACAGCUCGCCGGCGCCGCCAGCUGCCGUCGUGGCGCCGGCCAGGCGUGCGCCUCCCACCCCGGGCGGCGGGCCCCCUGCUCGCCCCGGGCCACCUGCCAAACCUCCUCCGCCCUCGGUGACCCACAGCGCGCCAGCCCCCACCGCCACCCCGACCAGCAAUGCUCUUGAUGACGGGUUCUUGUUGGAUCUAGACCCCAUGUCCUCCUCAAAGGGCACAGCAGCGACUUCCUCCGUGACUGGAUGGGGGGAUCUCUUGGCUGAGGCAGCUCCUCUUGCGCCCCCUGACGAGGCCUCCGAAGCUCUCCUGGAGGAGGGAGAGUCUGAUGCCGCUGAUGAAGUGGCUGCUGCACCUGCCGCGCCCAAAGCCGCCACCGCACCGGCACCCACCUCGCUGCCCGUCUCAGCUCCCGCCUCAGCCGCUGACAUGGACCUUUUCGGAGAUGCGUUUGCACCCUCCCCAGGACACGGUCCUGCCGCCGCGGCCGCGGGCCCCGCCGCCGAUGCGUUUGGUGGAUCUGACCCCUUCGCUACGACGGAGGGGAGCGGGGCCAUUGCUCAAGAGCUGGACCUGUUCGCCAUGAUGCCAGCCGACACAGGGCCCCCCGUCGUCAGCCCUCCCACCUUUAGUGAGGCGCCGACCAUCAUCGCCCCCAUCGCUGCCCCCACCCCUUCUUCCACCACCACCACCAUCACCAUCGACACCACCACCACAGAGUCUGCGGCCGCUCCGACUCUAGAUAUCUUUGGUGAUAUGUUUGAUUCUAUACCUGAGCAAAGCCCUACCACAGAAUCCAAAGCUGCUACCACUCCUAGCGUAGGCCUGUUUGGUUCAGACCUCCCUGCUGUUUCACGCGGCCCUUCUCCUUUGCCCGAGCCGGCUCCGCCUGGAGACAUCGUGACCGACUCAUUUGCGUCUCCAGCCGCCGACGCCCCCGACUCGGACUCCUCCCCAGAAGACUUCUCUCCUCCCAAAGCAGAGCCAGCUUCUGUCAUUGACCUGCUGGACUCCUUCGGCAGUCCUGUGGAGGAGACGCAGAGCUCUGCUCCUGGAGGGCCGGGGGACGAUCUGCUGGGAGGCCUGAUGUCCCCCACGCUGGCUCCCAUUGCUGCCCCGGCUCUCACUCCAGUCUUGGCUCCCAUGCAGAACGAUCUCCUGGAGUCGGGCUUUGAUGCUCUGGGCUCCCUCACCUCUCCAGCACUGCCUGUACCUGCUGUGGUACCAAUGGUACCAGCUGCAAAAGAUCCUGCAAGCACCACACCGGCGCCCUCUGGUGGCUUUGAUGCUUCAAUGUUUGGUGGAUUAGGCGACUUGCUGAUGCCCUCCAUAACGCCCCAGAGCACCGGGGGCAGCACUUCUGGAAGUAUAGCAGGAAGCAUGGGAACCCCUGUCGCAGCGGCAGGCAUUGCCACUGCCCCCUCUGCCACCCCACCUCCCAUGAAAACCGUCGGAGGCGACCUGGACUCGUCACUGGCCAACCUGAUUGGAGACCUCGGAGUAAAGAAAAAGGACCCACAGAGUGAGAAGAAGCUGACAGGAGGGGCCAACUGGAUGCCACAUGUAGCUCCCACAAGCUGGGCUACAGCCCCCAUGGCGGGAGCAGCCUCUGGAGCUCCUGGGGCUCCAGUGGCAGCCAUGAUGCCACCAAUGAGCGCUCAGCCUGGCUUUGGCUUGCCUCUAGCAGGAGGGCCUGGAGCUCCCCUGAUGCAGUCCAUGAUGGGGCAGCCAAUGAUGGGACAGCCCAUGAUGAGACCGCCCUUCACUGGGUUGGCUGGAGCUGCACCCGGAGCCGCUGCACCAGGAGCACCGAUUCCUCCAGGACCUGCAGGCCAGAGCCCCAAGAAGCCAAAAGACCCUUUGGCAGAUUUCAACCUCAAAGACUUCUUAUAACGCCCCAGCUGCUUUCUUCUCUGGAGCCGGGCCCUCACACAUGUUACCUGGUGUCUGUCAACAUCUCUGGAUGUUCAGCUACAACAAGAGCCUCUUAUCAACACCCCACCCUUCGCCUGUGUGAUGUUGUAGCACAAACUGUGAAAGUGAACCCUAGCGGAUUAUAUAUAUAUAUGAAUAUGUAUAUAUAUGUGAGAAAAAAAAUACAAGUGUGUGCUUAUGUAGAUGUACUAAUCUUUUGUCUAUACAAAAUCACUCAAAACUCAGACAAAAAAAAGUCCACAAAAGUAAGUGAAAGAAAGUGAAGGCGUAUGUGUUUAGGUUUCUUUCCCGUGUUGAAUGAUGGAUGUGCUUUGGUGUCCUGAGCCCCGCCCACCUCCCCAUAUGUGCCCCCGUCUCCUCAUGACGGGAGAGGAGCUCUUCUUUGUCCCACUCGGAUUAGACGAGAGUGGUAAACAAAGCCCCGGUAAAUUUCUUUGGGAGAAACCUGUUGUGUGUUGUUUACAGAAAGGUCCUCCGUGAUGUACAUAGAUUUCUCUGGCGAGGAUUCCUUCUCUAUUCUGUAUGUCUGUUGAAGAGAAAUAUAAAUGUGAAUCUGACAUGAAAUUGUAAGAAGUCGUGUGAGUAUUUCCCGUCAUCCUUUGAAAGUAUUUGGAAACAAAUAUGACUACCGGUACAUGAUUACUGUAUAUUAAGAAACAACACUUUGGUCUUCUGAAUCAUACCAGACCAGCAAGUGAUCCUUUUUAUUUAUUUAUUUAUUGUCCUGGUGGCUUAUUUUUCUGAUUCAUUUGUCCUGUGUUAAAUUAACAUGUUCCGUCUCUGUUAGAAUGCUCCUCCUAAAACUGCUGUCGAUAUUUGGUGGCAUUGAUAUUAAAGAACAUAUCUUACAACUAACUCCCAGAGAAAAUGCUUUAGUUAUUCAUCAGAGAAGUAAACCCAAACUGUUCCUCGGUAUAACUGUACAUGCGGUUGUGUCUCUACCUAUGUGGACUUAUGUCUGUUGCCUGUGCUCUCAUUAUAACUACGACCAGGUCAGUAUGAUCCCUUUUGUAUUUAGAGUAGAUUAAUUUGUUGCCAUACUAAACUCUAUGUUCAAACAGAGCCGAUCAAAAGAUUUCAAAGAAUGAUCCAGCAGGAAGGACUUCAGUGGUCAAGUUCUGUUUACUCUCACUGUCUAUCACCAAAUAAGCUUUAGGUCCCUCACGAGGACCAACACAUGUGAUGAAUGAGUUUACUUCCUCAUGAAAUAUUUGAGAAGCUCAUUUAUUUUGUGAAAACUCUGAAAGCUACGUUGUUUACAUCCAAGAUGGGCUCCUCAGGACGGAACUCCAAGGGGUACCUUUAAGUUCCAUGACACUGUACUAUCCGUGUAUGCCUGCAAUGCUGCUUUGACACUAUUGUAAUUACAGCACAUGAAUUGAGGUCACCUGAAAAAUGCAAUAUAUUUGAGUUCUCUCUGAACAUAGAUGUUGUUCCAUUUGAUCACUGCUGACCUUUGGCCCAUUGUCAGUUGACCAGUACAUGUUGUCAGUGGCCCCCGUCCGUCUAGUUGAUGACCAUGUCCCCUGAAAAGCAUCAUAACUCAAAGCUCCUGUGUUCCCGCAGAACAACAAUGUGUGUGUGGAUAUGCAUGUGGACGGCGGUAACACCAGGGGCCCCGUCCUGUGCUGUAAACCAGACUAACUGUGUGUUGUCUGUUCAGUGCACUGAAUAAAGCAAUUGGUUUUGAGGAUCUGAUAUGAUACAGAGAAGAAGAAAAAAAUGAGAUUAUUAACAUUUUUCAUGACUGAAUUAUCAAAAUUGUAUUUUUGUUUAGUUGUACAUUUAUUUUAUUUACGAUGGCCCCGCCCCAGUGCAUGUAAGCCCUUUGAGGUGCAAUAAAUUCAAUGACGGAUUGAACUAACCAUGA